AUGAAAGAUGAGAUAAUCAAGUUGAAUGACGCCAAGGAUAAGAUCAAAUCAUGUCUUGGUAUCAUUGAGAAAGUUCAACGACCAGCAGUUCAGCACUCAUUCAAACAUGACAUUAUCAAUCUGCUGGACAAAGGAUACUGUGUAUUCUCAUUGGACACAUUCAAAUGGAAGCCGUACCAGAAUGUAUUCCAGAAUGUACUGUCGAUGAGGGUGGACAACCCUACACUAUCAACUGUUUACGCCCGCGGCCAUAUCUACCAGUUUGGAGGUGACUUCACACCAACUCGCUACAUUCGAUUGUCACUGGCUGACAAAAGCUGUUAUGAUGGCAAAAUUGUUGGAGUCAAUGGUGGCUACUAUAUAUCAUCAUGCUUUGAUGGUGAUAAGUACAUCUAUCUCGUUGGUGGAAUAAUGGACUACAAGAGAUUGAAUCGCGUGGAUCGCUUCAACAUUGACACUCACCAAUUCGAACAUGUUUGUCAGCUACAAACUCCACUUGUCAAUGAUAAAGGUGGCUUGCACUGCCACAAGAACAACAAACUCUACAUGGUCAAUAAACUGAAUGAUAGUGGCUACCAAGUCAAGACGUUCGACUUGUUGACACACGCCCAAGUCUUCCUGCUAGAGGUAACUUCUAAUGGUAGUCAAUAUCAAAACGAUUGUUUCGAUGGCAUUGAUAACAUCUACAUCAAGACCUCUAGUGCAUUCCAUCGGAUCACUCUGUCAAGCAAGCAAAAGACCAUACUAGCUAAGUGUCCAGCAUCAAAUAACAAUUUAUUGUAUGACCCAACACUAGGUAGAAUCUUCAGCAUAGGUGGAAAGAAUGACAACUAUCAAUACUCUGUUCAGAAUGACAAGUGGGUAUUGAUCAAGGACAAUGGCAGGAUGAAGACUCGAGUGGCCCCAUUCUGUUUGCUUAGCAGUUAUAAUUGA